AUGGCAGCGCGGUGGGCCGUGCUGGGGCUCUUGGCUGCCUGCGUGGCCAGUGCUGCGAAGGAAUCUGUGCUGAACGUGUGCAUGGACGCCAAGCACCACAAAACCAAGCCAGGCCCGGAGGGGGCGCUGCAUGGCCAGUGUGCCCCGUGGAAAGACCACGCCUGCUGCACGGCCGAGACCAGCACGGGGGCUCACCAGGACCAGUCCUACCUGUACAACUUCAACUGGAACCACUGCGGGGUGAUGCCAGAGAAGUGCAAGCAGCACUUCAUCCAGGACACGUGUCUGUACGAGUGCUCGCCCAACCUGGGGCCCUGGAUCGACCAG